AUGGCUGGGGACUGCGGGGGACAGAUGCACCAGUAUGAGAGAGCGGAGGCUCUGUAUAUGGUGUAUCCACCAUUCUCUGGAUCCCAAGGGCUGCUCAUGCUGGGCAUUGGGACAUUAACACCAAUAAUGUGCUCAGGGCUACGAUCGACAGCGUUUUUCUUUUAUGCAUUUGGCUGUCUGCAGUUCCUGCAGCUCACCAACAUGCUGAAGGUAGAUGCUGCUCAUGUUAAACAUUUGGAAAUAUUUUUUCCGGUGAUCGAUCAUACUGCUAUUGACAAGUUUUUCACCCUGUCUUGGUCGAAUCAGUUCAGUCCGCUGGCAGGACACAGAGACAAGGUUGUCAGAGCAAAUAGUUUUGGCUUUGUCCCUAACCUCCCUACUGUCACUCCUUGCGUAUGUUCUCAGAGAGGCCCUACCACUGUUGCCGAUUGGCUUGGCCUUGGCCAGCAGCGUGUCCAGCUUGGAACGCUACCUGCGUUGUCCUGGACACUGUGGUGUGUGUUUGUGCUGGUUUUUGCUAGCCAGAUAGAUGAAGCCAAGCAGAAGUGUCCUACCAUCAGCCAGAAGCCUGGUUGUUUUUUUAGCUCCAUCUUGACAAACUACACAAUUAUGGAAAGAACUGAAGUAGGACUUGAAAGAGGACUAAGCACUAUGGAAAUCUUUGACCCAGCGAUGAGUGUGCAAGCUGUGAUGCAGAGUGCUUUGGCCUCUGGAGUACAGGAAGAUUGUAUUUUUGUUUUUAUUUCAGUGUGCGCAGAAACUUACAAUCCUGAUGAGGAAGAGGAUGAUGCAGAAUCUAGGAUUAUUCACCCUAAAACAGAUGAUCAAAGAAACAGACUGCAGGAGGCAUGCAAGGACAUUCUUCUUUUUAAAAACCUGGAUCCGGAACAGAUGUCUCAGGUGUUGGAUGCAAUGUUCGAAAAGCAGGUUGAAGGAGGGGAACAUGUCAUUGAUCAAGGGGAUGAUGGUGACAACUUCUACGUCAUUGACAGAGGUACAUAUGAUAUUUAUGUAAAAUGUGAUGGUGUUGGGAGGUGUGUUGGAACCUAUGAUAACCGAGGGAGUUUUGGCGAGUUGGCCUUAAUGUACAAUACACCCAGAGCAGCUACAAUUAUAGCUACCUCGCCUGGUGCCAUCUGGGGUUUGGACAGGGUAACGUUCCGAAGAAUCAUUGUGAAAAAUAAUGCCAAAAAGAGAAGAAUGUAUGAAAAUUUUAUUGAGUCAUUGCCAUUCCUUAAAUCUUUAGAAGUAUCGGAGCGUUUAAAAGUGGUUGAUGUGAUUGGCACCAAAGUGUACAAAGAUGGAGAACAAAUAAUUGCUCAGGGUGACUUGGCUGAUUCUUUCUUCAUUGUGGAAUCCGGAGAAGUAAGGAUUAUAAUGACAAGGAAGGGUAAACAAGAUGUAGAAGAAAAUGGAGCAGUUGAAAUAGCUCGAUGCUCAAGAGGACAGUAUUUUGGAGAACUUGCUCUUGUAACUAACAAACCACGAGCCGCUUCUGCAUUUGCUCUUGGCACGGUCAAAUGUUUAGUUAUGGAUGUGCAGGCAUUUGAAAGGCUUUUGGGACCUUGUAAGGAAAUUCUGAAAAGAAACAUUGCAAACUAUGAAGAGCAGCUAGUUGCUCUGUUUGGAUCAAACAUGGACAUUGCUGAUACCAGUGCAUGAACUAAACAUCGGACCAGCGAGAUCUGUUACGAAGAACAUAGCACAGUAGUGGUUAGUCCACUAAGAAAUUGUCUCUCUUCCUAUAGAUGCCAAGCAUUUUUUGUGAUUUUAAGAGUGGGUUUGGGGGGUAUUUUUUUGAUUU